AUGUCAAAUCAAUCUUCACACCUUAACACCAAGAAAGCGCAACCUCAGUCCUCCUCUAAACCCCAACUGCAGCCGCCUUCAUCCUCGGAUGAGGAGGAGUCUGGAUCUGAAUCGGAGUCAGACUCCGACGAACCAGACUCGAACGUCAAGCCCGUAGCAUCCAAGCCCAUGGAAAAUGAACAGAAAUCCAGUGACGGGCCUAGGAAGUUUAGAUCCAAGCCCAUUGCUUCGGAUCUCGUAACUCCUGCUAAAUCCACCGCCGCAAAACGCACUGCCGAAGAAAAAGAAACGAAGACUAAGGAUGCUAAGAAGUCGAAGAACAAGGCCGAGCCCGACACUUGCGAGAAAAAGUCUACUGAUGAUUCGAAGAAAUUGCUUUUCCAGAGGCUUUGGAGUGAGGAUGACGAGAUUGUGAUUUUGAAAGGGAUGAUAGAUUAUGUGACCAAGAAGAAGUCCGAUCCGGUUACUGACUUUAAUGCUUUUCAUGAUUUUAUUAAGAAGAAUUUGCAUGUGGACGUGACUAGGACUCAAUUGCAGGAUAAGAUUAGGAGGCUGAGGAAGAAGUAUGAGAACAAUAAGAGCAAAGAGAAGGAGGGUAAGGAUAGGACCUUCUCGAAGCCACAUGAGCAGAAAGCUUAUGAGUUGUCCAAGAAAAUUUGGGGGUAAUGAUGUGUGA